GCCCUGCCACAAACACUUAUAACAUUAACUUUAUUAACUUCUGCUGCGAUGUUGCUUGUGUUAUAAUGCAUUAUAACUGUAGUUAUAAUUAUUUAUGAGAAGUUAUAACUUAUUUAAGGUGCAUUAUGUGACAUUAUGACAGCCUUAAGAUGGCAGCAAUCAUGCGUUACGUGUAUGAUCAUCGCAGUAACCCUCAAGUGGACGCAGCCUUUCCUUGCAUUAAGGAGAGAUAUGAAUGUCUGCUUUAUGUGCAGCUGCCCUUUAUGGAAGACCUGCGAGAAUUCACUUUCCCAAAGCUAGAAAACAAUAAAAGCUUGACUCCCAAAAUCUCUGUCGAUUGACACUUUAUAUCACUAUUUGAGAACCACUGAUCUAGUCUUUUCACCUUUUGUAUGGCAGUGAUUCAUAUCUGUGAAAUUCAUGUUGCAUCCUCCUUUUUCUGGCUUGUGCUCGCGUUGCUUACUUAA